CGGGAAGCGUAACGCUGCCGUUCUUCGGCAUCGAGCCAGCCUUGCUGGAUCCGACGACGCUCGCGGAGAUUGACGGUCCUGGGGAGGGGCUCCUUGUGAUCAAGCGUCCGUGGCCGGGGCAGGCCCGUACCAUCUUUGGGGACAGUGAACGCUACGAGCAGAUCUACUUUUCUGUGGACGGGUACUACUUGACAGGGGACGGUGCACGUCGUGAUGAGGACAAUUACUACUGGAUCACCGGCCGCGUGGACGACGUGUUGAACGUUAGUGGUCACCGCAUUGGCACCAGCGAGGUGGAGGACGCCGUGAACACACACCCUGCUGUUGUGGAGAGCGCCGUGGUUGGCGUUCCGCACAAUGUGAAGGGCGAAGGCAUUUACGUCUACGUCACAUUUCACCAGCACAUCACCAUUGAUGAGGCGCUUCUCAAUGAAGUUAAGGUGACGGUCCGCAAAGUGAUUGGGCCAUUGGCAACACCCGAUCACGUCCAAUCGGCACAGACUGGACUCCCGAAGACGCGAUCCGGCAAGAUUAUGCGUCGCAUCCUGCGAACAAUUGCCUCCGGUGUCUUUGACGGCCUUGGCGACGUCACGACCCUCUCGGAUCCAAGCAUUGUGGCGGACCUCAUUGAGGGGAGGAAGAGGGUGUCGAUAUGA